CCCGUCUUCUCUCGCAGGUGGUGCAUGUUCGGAAACAGCUCGCGAUGUUCAGAACGAACUGAGACUGUCGUGUGGAACCAGCGUCAUUUAUUUACCCAUUUGCGUGUUUCUUUUACGUUGACUUAACAAUAUGUGCCAACACGCGCACGUAGUGGUCGCGGGGCGUGUUUUUAUUUCACGCAGGCCACUUUCUUCUGCUUAAUGUGCAGUGCUGCAUUGAGUGUGAAUUACGGGCGCUAUCUGUGUGUCUGCACUGAGAAAAAGAGAGAGAGAGACAAUAAAUGCUCGUGCACCGCAGAGCUUGAAUGAAAUCCGUCGUUAAACCUCUUCACAUCUUUUUCUUUAUUCGCAGGAUCCCUCUCUUUUCACGUCCAAGCAUCAACAUCGGGGCUCGAAGCGCUCAUGCCUUUUGUUUUAAUUUGGGAGACUGCGGAGCCAUUUGCACGACGAUGAUGAUUCGCGACUGGACGGAGUUUAAAAAAUGAGGAAGCAUUUUUUUCUAAAGAUACUAAAAAGAUAGACGGGGAGGCCUCGUCGUUCCGCAGGCCCUGAUCUGUGAAAGGGAGAAGAAAGGAAGACAAAAACACCCGAGCCCGAUGAAUAAAAACCGAGCGAAAUGGAGCACGAGACACGCGCGUGGGGAAAUAUGGACCAUAUCAAUAAUAACGACGGCGGCGUGCGCGAGAACCAGAUCGAUCCGAACAAAAUGAAUCACUUCGCCUCCUGAGCAUUUAAACUGACAUUUUUUUAUUUAUUUACAAUUUCGAGGAGAGGGGGUUCCCGUGUUGUUUUUUUGCUCGAGAGUUGCAACAGCGCCGAAGUUCCAUGCAAGUUCUCCUCUCCGCUUUCCGUUGAUUUCUUUGACCGUUUUCUUCGUUUCGGGGGGAUUUGAGUUAUUUUGGAUCCUGGUCCAUAGCGUUUAUAUUAUUCAAUGGAAUUAUGUUAUCAGUUACCGGUUUUGCCUCUAGACAGGCCGGUUCCCAAACAUGUUCUCAGCCGGAGGGGAGCCAUCAGUUUCAGCUCCAGCUCCUCUUUAUUCGGAGCCCCCGACCCGAGGCAGCUGUCACAGAGACGCGGAGCAAUCUCCUAUGACAGCUCUGAUCAGACCGCUCUGUAUAUUCGCAUGCUAGCUGUGACAAACAAAAUCAAAACCUCAUUCGUGUUUACACCAGGGGCUUGUGUAAUAUUCAAACAGCUGUUUUCAAGAGAUGUGAGAGUGAGAAGUCAGGUUGGCUUUGAACCAGAACGAAGAGGCUCGCACCCGUACCUGGGCGUCGAUUUCCGCACGUUGCACUCCCGUGCUGAGUCAGCAGGGUCGAUCCCGGCGCGGAGAAUCCGGAGGCUUUUUAGUUUCCAGCGACACCUGCUUUCGUCACGUCUAGUACGAGGAACGCCACACCUCAACCCCCUCCACAUCCUGGACGAGGACUAUUGUGGACAGGCCAGGUGCAUGCUUGACAAGGUUGGAAGCUGGAAUUUUGACAUAUUCCUCUUUGAUAGACUUACGAAUGGAAACAGUCUCGUCUUCUUGACAUUUCAUCUGCUGAACCAGUACGGCCUCAUCGAACUCUUCCAGCUAGACAUGGUUAAACUGCGUCAGUUUUUAGUUUUGGUUCAGGAAGACUACCACAAUCAGAACCCUUAUCACAAUGCAGUCCAUGCUGCCGAUGUGACCCAAGCCAUGCACUGUUACCUGAAAGAACCCAAGCUUGCGGAGUCCCUCACGUCAUGCGACAUCCUCUUAGGGUUGCUGGCAGCGGCCACACAUGAUCUGGACCACCCUGGAGUCAACCAGCCUUUCCUCAUCAAAACCAACCAUUACCUUGCAGCUUUGUACCGGAAUACCUCAGUUCUGGAAAACCACCACUGGAGGUCUGCAGUGGGUCUGCUGAGAGAAACUGAACUCUUCUCCCAUCUGUCUGCGGAGGACAGUCUGAAUAUGGAGCGGCAGCUGGGAUCACUGAUUCUGGCCACGGAUAUCAGCAGACAGAAUGAUUACCUGUCCCGAUUCAGGACUCACCUGGAUGAGAACAACCUGUGUUUGGGAAACGCUUCUCACCGGCAUUUCAUUAUGCAGAUGGCAUUGAAGUGUGCAGAUAUCUGUAACCCCUGCCGACCAUGGGAGCUCAGCAAACAGUGGAGCGAGAAGGUUACAGAAGAAUUCUUCCACCAAGGUGACGUUGAAAAGAAGCAUAAACUUGAAGUCAGUCCACUGUGUGACAGAGAAGCCAACACCCUAGCCAGUGUUCAAAUCGGUUUCAUGACCUACGUGGUGGAGCCUCUAUUCGCAGAGUGGGCGCGUUUUUCAGACACGCGGCUCUCUCAAACCAUGCUCGGCCACUUGGGUCUGAACAAAGCCAGCUGGAGCGCCACGGAGCCGGAGGCGUCGGGAAGCUCAGAGGAGGGGGAAUCCGAGCCGGCCCGAGCCACCGAACCGCCCAGUUCCAGAUCUUUAUCUCAGGGAGGCCAAGAGUCAUGACACCCCAAAGGUCACAUGGGGAGAACACCUCUAACUGCCCUCAGCCAAACAUCUAAAGUCACAUUUGAGUUGCUCACCGCUCAUCCUGAACCAACCACUGAUGAUUCGAUUCCUUUUCUGUUCUUUGGUCGAUGUAAUUUAUUUAAUUUUAAACUCCCAUUUACCCUUCGACAUAGAGCAAUACAUAGAUACCUCAUUUGGCUACUGCUGCGAUAUUUUUUUUCUCUUUUAAUUAUUGUGACUUAUUUAUUUAACCUUAUGUGGUUUUUUGGGCGUUACUAAUUCAGCUUUGAGAGAAACUGCAAGGGAAUGUGGGGUGGGAUGGAAGCCCCCCUCCUAUGGCUUAAAAGUGCCAUUUCGAGACAAUUGCUCUGAACGUGAUUUGAAACGGAGUGUUUAGAGGUGAAAUUUUUACAACUGCCCCAAGAGACGGUGUGUCUUUGCGUGAGUGCGUGAAAGUGCCAGUGCUUCUGCAAAUCAAUCUUCCUCCUCGUGUACAAAAACACAAAUGUGAAGAGCCCAGUCCUUUGCUGCCUCUGAAGACUGUUUACACACGUUGUUUUCAAAAUGAAUCAUGUUAGUUCUGUGAUUUUUGCCUUUUAAGCACAGAUGUGAAGAACCACUUGUAUAUUUUUCGCAACCUACUGCUGAUGAUCAACAAAAAUCCGGUGGCCUGCAACUCUUUCGGCGUGACGCAUCAGAUGCCAUACCAAUGCCAUUCGUGCCCCAUCGCAUCUCCCCUCUCGUCCCCGGGACACAGGCAUUACAGACAAUGCCUUUGUGUUGAAGGAACAUCACCCCCAAAAGGUGGCAAAAUGUAGUAGAGAUGAACCCUUUUGACCACAGAAGAAUCGAGUCACGUGACGUGUGGCCGAACGGACCGUCGGUGGAUUCUGCUCAGGGUUUCAUCGACCUACGUAUCGAGAGAAAACAAGGAAGGAAAGGUGCCUUUUAUAGGUAGCCCCACCCCCCUAACCCUGCCUCUCUCCAUAUUUUGUAUAGAAGAUAACAACUUCUCAGAAUGUCUCAAAGCCACUCGUCUCUUCAGAAGACUGCUACACAAUGCCUUAAAACUAUGCACAAAGCUAAGUGACCAAACCAGCUGUCAUUUUUCAUUUUAAACUUCAUUUAGUGCACUGUCUGACCUUUUUCCUUUUCGUCGUGGAGAACUUUUUUUAUAUGUGGAUUGGUUUCAUGAUUUGAUUUUUAACAUUUGAACAUUCCAUUUGUUUGUGUAUCGUUUUGGAUUAUGUACAGAAUGGACAGUUUAUUGUGCUUCUCUUGGCAUUUAGAGAAGAGGUGCUUUAUUUUAAGUGGUUUGUAUUUUCGUUGUAAGUGCUGUAAGACUGUUGAUUUAAAGAAAAAAACUGUUUACAGUUUGCUGUAACAGCCAUUUGGGGAGAUGACAUUGUGUCAAGCCAUUUUGUAAAGGCUUUGCCGUAUAGUCUUUUGAUACAUGUUGCAGUUGCAUUUUCGAUGAAUAAAACUUAACAAAAUGUUUCACUAUUGAA